AUGUCUGCCACAAUGGACGACGCGAUGCAACCCCCCAAAAUUCCUCGAACCCAAACUUUACGGGAGAUGGUAGAAGAACGACUGGCCCUCAAAGCCGAACAGAGGAGAUUGGAAAAUGUCGCGCUGGAAGCGGCCGCAGAAGAGGAGAACACACAAGGCCUCACCACCGACGAUGCGACCAUACCCACGCCUGCAAAGCUUGUACCUCACGAAGUGCCAGUGAGAAGUGAACACCAAGCAAGCGAGAUUCCGCGAAGAAGAAACACAGAAGCAGCAGCCCGAGAAACUGACGAUGCUCUCCUGCUUACCACACAUGCGCCUAAGGAACUCCAGAAGAACCAGCAUUUGCCGCCCAUUUCACAACCAAGCAGGUCACAAUCGAACCUAAAGCGAACUGCUGCCGAGAGCUUAUCCGUACCGAAUCAAGAAGUUAUUCCGCGCAAAAAUCCACCACCGAACUUUGCUGGCCUGAAAUCAGCUAAAAAGCGAAAGCGAACAGAUGACGCAAACAGUCCUUCAACCGAUCCCAUUGGUGGCCCAAUAGCUUUGCAUGAGAGCAGCCCAUCAUCUGUAAAUGCUCCUAAGAAAGCUUCAAGGAGUAAAAUCAAAGCUACGUACUCCAGUUACGAAAUUAUCGACUUGAGCAAAAGAUUGCCGGAAUGGUAUCAGGACCUGAAAACUGUCAAGCAGAGACUCGCACGUGGAGAUUUGGAAUUAUUAAGGGGCGUUAAAGAUAACAUUCAACGCUGCAUUGAAAACAAAAGUAAAGUAACUCUGAGACAGUGCUUUUCAGAGUUGAGGGUCAGAAUCAGCGACAUGCAAUUCUAUGUUUUCCUUACUCCCGGUGCGUCAGGUGGCGCAGGGCUCGCGCCCUACUUGAUCAAAGAGUCUAAAAUCCUCGAGGACGGAGGUCUGCCGGUCAUUUUCAACCGUAGUGAUAGCGGAUUCUUCCCAUUCGAUAUUCGAGCAGAUGCGGAGGCCAUUUGGACCCGUUGGAUGCGUGGAGACUUCGAUCCAAGUCUUUUGAGAGGCGUCGAUCCCGCUCACGGGGUUCUCCAAAAAUCCGGCAGGAAGCGCACAGCAUACAAACUGACUCCAGGCUAUCAACACAAAAUAUCUGCCAAUGUCUUCGGAGCUAAUGGCCUAUUCAACGGGCAGUGGUGGCCCUCAAGACUAUGCGCGCUUAGAGAUGGGGCUCACGGUGAAGUGGAAGCUGGUAUUUGUGGUUCAGCAGAUUCAGGAGCUUUCGCGGUUGUAGUCUCACAAGGAGGCUACGCAGAUCAAGAUAAUGGCGACACUCUUGAAUACUGUGGCACUGAAGGAAAGAAUGGCGUUGUUUCAAAGGGCACACAAUUUCUCCAGCAUACUCACCGCAAAGGAGAAGUAUUGCGUGUGCUUCGGGCCCCUAAGAAAAACUCGGUCUAUGCACCAAAAUCCGGCGUUCGAUAUGAUGGGUUGUACAGGAUCGUGGAUAGUAAAACUCUCGAUCCUAUCAACGUUAUGAUUCGCUUCACGUUAAUCAGAGUUGAAGGCCAGGAUCCUAUUAGGUGCAGUGGGGAAACUAGUAGACCGACAUCGAAAGAGGAGUAUGAGAUGUCCAAAAUUCGUAGCUAUCUUCAGUGA